AUGGUAUACAGAGAAUAUUUGACAUAGCUUCUGGGUCGCAAAACUUACGUACACAAGAAGUAUAUGUUCAUUGUAAGGAAUUGGGAAGACAAAUCAAAUUUUUGAGGAACAAAAAAAAGUUUUAUAAUGAGAAUGUUGAAGAUGAUGUGUCAUCAUACACAGCGCCAAUGCCGUGCAAAAUUUUAAAACUUUUAGUUCCACAAAAUUCAAAAGUUAGUAAAGAUGAAGCUAUAUUAACUAUAGAGUCCAUGAAAAUUGAAACAAGAAUAUACUCUAGGCAUGAUGGAAUUGUAAAGAUCUUGGUCAAAGAGGGUGAUGUUGUGGAUGCCGGAACUGUUUUAAUUAAG